AUGGCUGGUACAAAGUACUCUACUUCUAUCGUUGCAUCGUCUGUAGUCUCUGUCAAGCCCAACGAUACCAACCUUGCCCUGGCUGCAUCGGGCACUGAGGGAUUCUGGAUCAACGGCGAGAUAUUCCGAGCCGUGGAGCCUGGCAGCAUCCGCCUCGUCCUCGAAUUCAAGUCACUCUUUCCGAAACACCACAGCGAGAUGUUUUUUCUCGAAUUUGUGAACAACACCUUCCUCUACGUGAAGUCCCUGGCGGAGUACGGUGAAGUUCUCGCCUUCGACGGCAAUGAAGCAUGUAUUGCCCGACGAGAUGGCAUCUUGUGGCCACAUGUGACGUAUUGGGAGGAGCCAGGGCUAGUUGAAGUGCCUUGCGAGUCCUGGGAUUCUCGCAUGGGAGCUGUCUUCACUGCGGAUUGUUUGUUUGCCUGCAAAGGCAUUGCCGACAACACAGCAUUCCUGGUCCCCCCCUAUCAAGUCUGGCACGUGAAGAGAACGCCACGCUGCGGCGGCGGUAUCUUCGCUCUCAAGGCAAUAUCCUCGACUGUUUUGGCUCUCGUCCUGCACGAGAACCAGGGCCUCGUGCCCAAAUACUGGUGCACUUGCCCCCUCCCCACCCCCACAAAUAUCGUCGCCGUCGCGUUCCCUUCAAUCCAUGCCAUAUUCUGGGUCCAAAGCGACUUUUCCAAUCUCCCCGUCUCCUCGGAGAGUCAUGUGGUCAUGGCACGUCUUCCAGAUAUGGUCCGCGACAAUCGACGCACCGCCGCUCAGGUCAUGUCCCCUUCGACUGUUUGCCGCGAUGAUGCGGGCUUGACUGCCCUCUCAACCAACCUCUGUAUUGACACGGAAGGCCAGCUUGUGUGCAUAUACGAAGUGGGCGCCAGUGUCUUGAGCUUAGUUCAAUGCAACACCUCCUCGACACUAUUCAAAGCACCCACGCUGGGCAUCCAGCGCUGGUGGCAGGAUUGGGAUGUUGAUGAUUUAAAAGACAUCGCCAGGAAGGUGCAAUGGAGGUCCGGUCAGGCACCUUUUCACACUCUGAUGGUGCAAAUGACGGAGCCCAAUCAAAUGGAAGAGACGGCGAUAGAGCAUUGGUCAUUCGACGUAGAGGAGCUUUUCGAGCACUUCAUUGAUUAUCUUGGUGGCCCCGACCAUAUUGCCAGGCGUGGGUUUGGUCAACACGGCCAACUUGUGCUCUGUGCUGUUUUUGAAGACCCCGAGAGUCCGAGUUAUGCAGUGGAGGUCAAGCAUCGAUAUGGGACGGGUUAUCUUAGGCUUGAUGAUCUCCGCACUCUGUCGAGCUCUACUGACUGGCUGCUGUCUUCAUACACGUCUCUAUCCGACUGCAUGAUGAGGCAAUGCCCGCUGCGGGAGACAGAGCUUGGACAAGCACGCGAUCUGUUAAAAGCCGACUUUGCCCGCGACCGAGUUCAAGAAGAGAUCUUCAAGCCGAGUAACGAUUUGGAACACAGACUGACUUGUGUGGCUCGGAUGGGCGUUCUUCCGCGCAAGCGAGGCACUUUGGAGUAA